AUGGACAACGUCACUAACACCCUGCUAACUGAGUUCAUCCUCAUCGGCAUUCCCUACCCGCUCAGACUCAGGACAUUCCUCUUUGUGUUCUUUUUGCUCAUCUACAUCCUGACACAGUUGGGGAACCUGAUCAUCCUCAUCACUGUCUGGGCAGACCCACAGCUCCACGCCCGACCCAUGUACAUCUUUCUUGGUGUCCUCUCCAUCAUUGACAUGAGCAUCUCGUCCAUCAUCGUCCCUCGCCUCAUGAUGAACUUCACCCCAGGCAUCAAACCCAUCCCAUUCAGUGGCUGCAUCACCCAGCUUUAUUUCUAUCACUUCCUGGGCAGCUCCCAGUGCUUCCUCUACACCUUGAUGGCCUAUGACAGGUACCUGGCCAUCUGCCGGCCCCUGCACUACCCAGUGCUCAUGACUGCUCAGCGGAGCGCUUUGCUUGUAGCUGGGGUUUGGGUGGCUGGCUCCAUUCAUGGAGCUCUCCAGGCUGUACUCACCUUCCGCCUGCCCUACUGUGGGCCCAACCAAGUAGAUUACUUCUUCUGUGACAUCCCUGCAGUUCUAAGACUGGCCUGUGCUGACACCACAGUCAAUGAGCUGGUGACCUUCGUGGACAUUGGAGUGGUGGUGGCCAGUUGCUUCUCCCUGAUCCUUCUCUCCUACAUUCAGAUCAGUCGGGCCAUUCUGAGGAUCCGGACAGCUGAUGGGCGGCGUCGGGCCUUCUCAACCUGUGGAGCCCACGUAACUGUGGUCACUGUGUACUACGUGCCCUGUGCCUUUGUCUACCUGAGGCCUGAGAUUAACAACCCCCUGAGCGAGGCUGCAGCCCUGUUCCCCACCGCCAUCACGCCUUUCCUCAACCCCCUCAUCUACACGCUGCGGAACCAGGAAGUGAAGCUGGCUCUGAGGAGGAGGAUGGGCGGUUCAAGGACCAAGUGA